CCGCACCGAUGUUUUUCGGUGCCCUCUCUACUCUAGCGUUUCUGAUUUAAACCUCAACCAUCAGAGUACUGAAUAGAGUUAUUAACCCUAUCUGUUUUUCUACCACCUACCCAUAGUGAAUAAUAACCCCAUCAAAACCACUUCUGUUACCUCUAAGAGGAAAAGUGAAAUGAGCCCUAAAGGGAAUAAAUCGAAGUUAAAAAAAACGGGAGUCGCAGACCCCAUGCAUAACCUCUCUCAGCCACGUGCUACUACAUCUUCUGCAAAUCCAACCAUUCUUCCUGGAUCGGAAACCAUCGAACCAACUCCUCCCAUUGUUAUUAACAAUGGAGGCGUUGACACAAAACAACUCGUCAAUAACAUCCUAGCCAAGGUAACUAAUAAUAACUUCAAGAUUAAAUGCCGCGGCAAUUCAUCCAUCAUCUCACUCCAAAAUCGUGCUGAUCACGAAAUCGUCUGCAAAAUCCUGGAUGACAAAAAAAUCCUCUUCUUUACCUAUGGGUUCAAGCAGCAUAAAUACUCCAAAUUUAUCCUGAAAGGCCUUCCGUCAUCCUUCUCCGAAAAGGACAUCGAGGAGGAAAUCGCAGCCACCGGAAUUAAGUCGGACCAGGCACUAAAUUAACUGACAUCUCGAAAAUUCCCACAAUUCUGCAUCACACAUUCCAAGUGGAGAAAUUUAAAUCCAACGGCCAACCCCUCCAAUGUUUUCGCUGCCAGCAUUUUGGACAUGCAAGCAGCCACUGCAAACUUCCACAUCGCUGUGUAAAAUGUGGACUAAAUUACGAUGCCAAAGAGUGCACAUCAAAAUCCCUCAGAUGUGCGAACUGUGAAGCCAAUCACGUGGCCAGACACGUGGCCAGCUACAGACAGUGUCCUGAGAGGCAAUCAUUCAUCAUCAAGAUGGCCAGCUCCAAACCAACCUCGAAACCCCCAGCGAGUCGGCUGACCGACCACACAUCCAUCGGACCAUCAACCUUUCCAUUAUUGACUGGAUCAUCUUCAGCCAAUCAACAGCUCAACCUAGAUGACUUUCCUCUGCUCAUUGCUCCACCAAAGUCUGAAGCACCGCGCAACCCUGAAACCACCUCUACGCAGCCUCCUAGACCAGCAUCAUCCAAGCCAAGGACGACAACUCCAACUCAUUCUACAACUCAUACCAAAUUAAGUAGCACAUUGAAUUAGUUCACAGAAGCCAAAGAAAUUGUUAACGAAUUUAAAGAAAUGAAUAUCUUUUCUAUUAUUUCCAGUGCCAGAGAAAUGAUCUCAAGGCUUAAAAAGGCGGCUUCCCCUUUAGAAAAAUUAAAAAUCCUCGUGGAAGAUGAUCACUUAUUCACCCCCAAUUUCUCUUAUGGCUCCCACGAAGAAGCUUAAUUUUAAACUUGCCUGCUCUAAAUAUUAUUGAUCUAAAAAGAAAGGAAAAUCAUCAUCAAACAGAUCUAAAUCACCUAAUCUUAAAAUCGCAAUGUAAAAACUUUAUUACUUUCAGAAACUAAGUUGUGUAAAUCUAUCAAAAAGAUAAAUUUACCAAAUUCCAACACUCCCUGGCCAUCAAACACUGAACCCAUCCCUCCCUACAUCCUCAAACUCACCUCCAGCUCUGAAUCCAACACAAACCUCACGACAAUAUCCUAAUUAACCACCUCGAAAUCCACAAAAAAUCCUGCUGGUCAUAUCGCUGACCCUCUCCCCCCCAACCCUCCCCCUAUCCCGAUUCCCUCCCACAUCCCUCCUAUCCCAACUCAUCAAUCAUAGGGUUUUUUCUAAAUUCUAUCUUUUCCCUAUUCACACUUUUUCUGUAAAUUAAAUCCAACCAUUCUAAAUAACUAAUAUGUUAUCAUAAGCCUUCUUACAUUAGAUAUAGAGCCACUGGCUGGAGACCUAGAUCAUAAGCAU